AUCUCGAGGCACAUUUAACGGUGGAUGAUGCGUCUCGGUUCCAAUGUAUUCGUACCAUGCUUCGUUUAUUCUCAAACCCAAUCGUGUCGCAGAGCCAGUGGUCCGGAGGCUGCUCGCAUCCUCUCUACUACUCCAAUGGCGGCGGCGGCGGCGGCGACGGCGGCAUCGGCGGCGAGAUUUACCCCUAUCGGCGGCGCCUUCCAUGGGUUUCACCCUCACAGUGGCCUUCGAAAGAUACCGUUGUCCUUCUCGGCGAGGCCUCGGACCGUGCUCUCUUUGAGACCCCGGCGGCACCCCUUCUCUUGCUUGGCUCUCCAGAAGCCUGGAGACGUCCAGAUCAAAGAGGAGGGCGCUCCUGAAACCCUUGAUUACCGCGUCUUCUUCAUCGAUUCAUCUGGGAGGAAGAUCUCGCCGUGGCAUGACAUCCCGUUGAGCCUCGGUGAUGGGGUUUUCAAUUUCAUUGUGGAGAUACCGAAGGAGACGAGUGCAAAGAUGGAGGUAGCGACGGAGGAGCCGCAUACUCCGAUUAAGCAGGAUACGAAGAAGGGGAAGCUGAGAUACUACCCGUACAACAUAAACUGGAAUUAUGGCUUGCUUCCACAAACAUGGGAAGAUCCAUCCUUUGCCAAUAUAGAGGUUGAAGGGGCAUUUGGGGAUAAUGAUCCAGUUGAUGUUGUUGAGAUAGGUGAUCGCAAGGCUAAGAUUGGGGAAGUUCUUAAAGUAAAGCCCUUGGCGGCUUUAGCCAUGAUUGAUGAGGGGGAGCUUGACUGGAAAGUGGUUGCUAUUUCCUUGGAUGAUCCCAGAGCAUCACUUGUAAAUGACGUCAAUGAUGUUGAGAAGCAUUUCCCGGGAACCCUGACUGCAAUAAGGGAUUGGUUCAGAGAUUAUAAGAUUCCGGAUGGAAAGCCAGCAAACAAAUUUGGUCUUGGAAACAAGGCCGCAAGCAAGGAUUAUGCUUUGAAGGUCAUUAUGGAGACGAAUGAAUCAUGGGCAAAAUUGGUCAGAAGAUCAGUUCCUGCAGGUGAAUUAUCAUUAGUGUGAAAAAGAGUAUUUAAGAUGCACCACUCUUUUCCAGCAUUCAAUCUGUACCUAUAUUUAUGUUUAGAUAUUUAUGUGGUCUUUGUGCCAUAAAUUAUUCAACUGAUUUGGAGUUUGACAUAUUCUCUGAUCUCUUGUUAACUUAUAUGUAUUGCAUAUGAACUUAAAGACUUCCUUUUCCAAUUUAA